AAAAGAACGGCCGGCUUACCCGAACGCCUCCGGAUUCGAACUCGCGAGCCGCAUGAGCCUCCCGUGCAUAAACACACCAUCAGUCACCUAGGGAGAGAAAUAGUUACAGAAACAUGCCCAUUUUAGAUAAAGGCCAGAAAGCUAAGGGCACACCGGAAAAGAAGGGGGCCAUGAAGAAGAAGGCAGCCAUGAAGAAGGAGGCAGGCGUGAAGAAGAAGGCAGGGAAGAAGGAGGCAGAAGCAAAGAUAGAAGAGGUGGAGGUAGAAGCCGCACCAACGACAGAGGAAACGGCAGCAGAGAAGAAUGCGGCUAGUGUCGAAGGUCAGAAGCGCAAGAGGAAUGACGAGUCGUCCGAGGAACCAAAGAAAAAGAAGGGGAAGAUAAAGGCGAAGCAUGGUGGGGUGAAACUUGAAGGAGAUCUGCUUGCGAUACACCUGAAGCGGGAGGAGGAUAACUGCGCACGAAACCUCCUCAUCAGCACUAACCCCCCACCCAUCACAGGAGCUCUGACUGUCAGAGUUAGGCAGUAUGCCCUUUGCGUGGCAGAAUUCAAAACAAAGGCUGAGGCACUGAAGAGGAAGGAGGAGUUGGAGGAAGAGGAGGGAGUGAAGAUGGUAAAACACCCAGAGGUCAGGAAAGGUGACAGAUUGGUGAAUCCAAUGAAGUUAUACAUCGAGUAUGUGCCAGAAGAGACCACAGAAGAGGAUUUAAAAGAGGCUUUCCCUACUGCUAAAGCAAUCAAUUUUAAUUCUGAAAGACGGUAUGCCAACCCCAUCUAUGAGACAAAAGAGGAGGCCGAGAAAGUCUUCAGGGAAAAGGAAGACUUUCAACUCAAGGGGAUUCAGUUGGCCGUCCUUUUCAGCAACAAGGGUUAGGGGCCGCGCCAAAGCUAACCGGGAAAUGGUGAGGAUACCACCACGGAUAUUGCAGACAGUCCUCUGACGUAUUGCAACGGUUAUGCGAGGUUGCAAACAGCAUUGAGAUAGCAUUAUGAAAUGUUGUUUUGUAUUUUGUUCUUCUUUUUCAGGAUGAACUUCAGCAAACUGGGCAUCUUGUAUAAUCAUAUAAUUGAUUGUAAGAGUUGAUAAGAAUUAUGGAUAUUCUUGGCUUUUUGUUAUUGUUUGGUAUAUGUAGAUUAUAAGAUAUAGGCCAACGAGUGAAGAUUUGCUGUUGUUCAUUCAUGAAAUAAAUAUUCAGAAAUUA